UUCUUGUGUGUUUUUUUUUGUUGUUUUUUGCGUUUAGGUGUAUGAUACUCCUCCCAUGGUGGUGAAGGAUCCCUCUAGUGGUCAAGAUAUAUAUGACAUCCCAGCAAGCACAGACAAGAACCCACAACAGACUGUCUAUGACUUCCCACCAUCUGUCAGUAAAGACAUACCUGUUUCUCAACCAAUAAGAGAGGAGACCUAUGAUGUGCCACCCCACUUUGCCAAAAUAAAGUCCCAAGUCGCCAUCACUCCUGGCCAGUACCUGCAGAACAUCAAUGACGAUGACGAAGAGCCGCCGAUUCCAGAGGAUGUUUACGACGUCCCACCCCCUAUCCUGACUGACAAGCAUUAUCACAGAGACAGGAAUGGAUUCAGCCAGGCCCCCCAGGAGAUCUAUGACAUCCCAGCCAUUCUGCAUCCUGGAGGGUACCCCACCAAGGAUGUAUAUGACUUCCCCCGAGAACGAGAGGAACAAGGAGGAGAGAGGGGAGGCCAGUAUGUCUAUGAUGUCCCACCACAGGUUGUUCGUGAUGCCCAGUCAACCAGUGAAGAGCUGACAAUGUCUUUCAAGCGGCUGUCUGCCUCAAGCACAGGAAGCACACGGAGCAACCACUCUACUUCAUCAUUAGACAUUGUCCCUGUCCGUGACACCUCCUCACUUCCUGCUCCAAGCCCCAUUCCAGGGAAACCACUCAUCUUGGACCUGGAUCAGGCCAUGGAGCGUCUGUCUCGCCUCCAGCAAGCUGUUGAGUCCAGUGUUUCCUUCAUGAUGUCAUUCAUUACAGGCAAUUGGAGAAACCCUGCUCACCUGGAGGGGAAUCUUCCGGCUAUUCAUCAGGCUGCUGACCGGGUGCGAGUCACUGUUCGAGACUUUCUAGAAUUUGCUCGGGGUGCUGUGGCCAAUGCUACCCAGGUUACAGACCGCUCACUACAGACCAAACUAGGCCGUCAGGUGGGAAAGAUGGAGGAGGUCUUCCAGAGUUUGAUUCGACACAGUCAGAGCUUAGACACAAUUUCUUGGUCACACACAGCACUCACAACACCACCACCAGGAGGGGAUGACUUAGAUCUACUAAUUAUGACAGCGCGAGGCAUCCCCGAUGACGCCAAGCAGCUUGCCUCCUUUCUCCAUGGUAAUGCCUCACUGCUCUUCAAACGGACGACCCGGCAACAGCAGCAGCUGCCUCUUCCUCCGAUCCCUGGGGAGAUCAGUGGUCACAUGACAGGGUCAGGAAGUGGAAGCUUUCAGGGAGGGGAGAAGGUGAAUAUUCAGUCACGGCCCCUCCCCUCCCCACCAAAAUUUACAGCUGCAGAGGACGAGGAAGGUGUGGACAGGCCGUAUGAGACCACAGAGGAAGGCUGGAUGGAAGGACUAUGA